AUGUCAGAGGUGGUUGAAGCAAAACUGGACAACGGAUUGCCCUGGGUGGAGAAGUACAGACCAACGACGCUGGACGAUGUAUGCGGACAAAAUGAAGUGGUGAGCAUAGUUCGCAAGUUCGUCAGCGAAGGCCAAUUGCCCCAUUUGCUGUUCUACGGGCCUCCAGGCACCGGUAAGACGUCGACGGUGGUUGCGCUAGCGAGAGAGAUCUACGGGAAGAACUAUUCGAACAUGGUUCUGGAGCUGAAUGCGUCCGACGACCGUGGUAUCGACGUGGUGCGCAACCAGAUCAAGGAUUUUGCCUCUACGAGGCAGAUAUUCUCGAGGGGCUUCAAGCUGGUCAUUCUGGAUGAAGCUGAUGCGAUGACAAACGCAGCACAAAACGCGCUGAGACGCAUCAUCGAGCGGUACACCAAGAACACUAGGUUCUGCAUCCUGGCCAACUACGCCCACAAGCUGACGCCGGCGCUGCUGAGCAGAUGCACGCGGUUCCGGUUCCAACCGCUUCCGAAGGAGGCGCUGGAACGCAGAAUGAACCGGGUGCUGGCCAGCGAGCAUCUGAAGAUGAGCGAGAACGCCCGGGAUGCGCUGCUCAAGCUCUCCCGCGGCGACAUGAGACGAGUGCUCAACGUGCUGCAGGCCUGCCAGGCGACUCUGGACGAUCCGCAGGAGCAGGAAGUCACAGAGGACACGGUCUACGACUGUUGCGGGGCGCCAAGACCGUCAGACCUCGAGACGAUCCUAGCAUCGAUCCUGAACGACGACUGGACCACCGCCUACUACACUCUGAACAAGCUGAGCAGCGCAAAAGGCCUCGCGCUGAUAGACCUCAUCGAGGGCUUUGUCGACAUCCUCGAGGGUUACGAAAUGAAAGUGCAGGAGGCGAGAAUCGCCAUCCUGACCCAGCUGAGCGACAUCGAGUACGCAAUCUCCAGAGGAGGCAACGACCGCAUACAGGGCAGUGCCGUCAUCGGAGUGAUCAAGAGCGGAUUCGAGAUGGAAGCUGCGAAAACUUAA